CUCCCCGUUAAGAUGGCGGCGGGAGAGCGGAGCUUACGUCUGGCGCUGACCGCCCUCUGGGCUCUGGCGGCCGGCGGGGAACGCGACGUGGGGGGCGUCCGGCUGGAGAGCGGCGGGGGCCCCGUCCGCAUGGAAGGCGGGACGAUUCGAGCCAGGCCCGGGGCCCGCUUCCAGCUGAGGGUGUUCGGCCAGCGGCUGGGCUGGGAGGGUUGGCCUUGGCUGGCCUUCAGCCCCCAGCGAGAGUGCGGCAAUAACAGCCUGGAGAGGACCUGGAUAGAGCUGGGGGAGAACCUGACUGACGGCUCCGUGCUAGUAAGCGUCCAGGCUGGCCAGGCAGGGGGCCUCUACUACCUGUGCACCCAGAUUCAGAAGGAGCUGUGGAGGGCCCCUGGAGGCUGGGACACACCCCUGGACAUCCAGCCCGCUCACUACCCCCUGGCUGUGUGGGGCCAGGUGCUGCUCCUGGCCCUGCUGCUGCUCUUCUCGGCCUUCUUCAACCUGCUGCACCUCAGCGUCCUGUGGCUGGACCCCCUGGAGCUGCACAUCAUCCACCACUGCGGCUCGGAGAGGGAGAAGCGGAGCGCCGAGUCGUUGGAGCCCCUCCGCCGGCGGGGCAACCUGGUCCUCUGCUCCCUGGUGCUGGGCAACGUGCUGGCCAACUCGUGCCUGGGCGUUCUGUUCCACCAGGCGCUGGGUGCCAUCCUGCCCGCCGUCCUCGCCUGCUCCGCCCUGCUGUUCCUGCUGGGCGAGAUUCUCCCCUACGCCGUCUGCUCGCGUUACGGCUUUGCCGUCGCCUCCCGCACCACCUGGCUGACCCGUCUGUUCAUGGUCCUCGCCGCGCCCCUCGCUUUGCCCGUUGCCCUGCUGCUCGACUGGGCCCUGCGGCAGGACAUCAGCACCUGCUACAUUCGCGAGAAGAUCCUGGAAAUGCUGCGCUCCAGCGACCCCUACAGCGAGUUCGUGAAGGAGGAGUUCAGCCGGGGCUCACUGAGGACUAAAGUGGUGGAGGAUAUCAUGACUGGCUUGAAGGACUGCUUCAUGCUCAGCACUGAAGCCGUGCUGGACUUCAACACCAUGUCUGAAAUCAUGCAGUGCGGCUACACCAGGAUCCCAGUCUAUGAAGAGGAGAGGUCCAACAUUGUGGACAUCGUCUAUGUGAAAGACCUUGCCAUGGUUGACCCUGAGGACUGCACACCUUUGAACACCAUCAUCAAAUUCUACAACCACCCUCUGCAUUUUGUGUUUAACGACACCAAGUUGGAUGCCGUGCUGGAAGAGUUUAAGAAAGGUAAAUCGCAUAUGGCAAUGGUUCAGAAGGUGAAUAACGAGGGGGAUGGUGACCCCUUCUACGAGGUGCUGGGUUUAGUGACGCUCGGAGAUGUCAUUGAAGAGAUCAUCAAAUCUGAAAUCCUCGACGAGUCAGAUAAUUCAGAGGUCAAGGUGAAAAAAAAACCUGCUUCCAUCAGCAGUUCUAUUGAGCGCAAGAAGGAAGACGUCUCGUUUUUUAAGGUGCCUGACAUCGAUCUAAAGGGCAAGAUUUCACCUCAGCUUUUGUUAGCAACUCAGCGUUUCUUAUCCAGAGAGGUUGAGCUGUUCAGCCCCUCGCGGGUCUCUGAGAGAGUUCUUCUGCAUCUGCUCAAGCACCCGAGCGUCAGCCAGGAGGUAAAGUUUGAUGAAAACGACAAACUGGCUCCAGAGCACUACCUGUACCAGCGGAAUCAGCCUGUCGACUAUUUCAUUCUGGUGCUGCAGGGACGAGUGGAGGUGGAGAUUGGGAAGGAGGGUCUGAAGUUUGAGAAUGGAGCCUUUACUUACUAUGGUGUCUCCGCACUGACCGUCCCAUCCUCUGUUCACCAAUCGCCAGUCACUAACGUUAAGUGGAAUCGGCGAGACCCAUUCUCCAAGGACCUCUUGGAAUCUGGGGAAAACGCAAGUCUUUCCAUGUACUGCCCUGACUACACUGUGAGAGCACUAAAUGACCUCCAGGUUCUGAAGGUGACUCGAUUGCAGUAUUUAAAUGCGAUUAUGGCCUCGAGAAUACACAACUCUUCACCGUCACCAGAUAACUUUGAACUCAAAGUGAUGCCCAGCAGCCAAGCAAAGUUGCUCAAAGACCAGAACUCUUCCACAAGCACCAGCAGAAGUAAACCGCAAACCAGCGAGGAAGACAGCCCAGAGAGGAAUGCUGGUGUCUAGCCUAGGAGAGUGUCUGAGGGUGCUUGACUUCUAUGCGUCCAAAGCCACACCACUUCAGUAAGCUGCGAAUGUACUGUGCUAGUGCCUGGCUGGAGCUAUGGCUAUCCAUUUGCUGGACAAACUGUAAACUGUUGCAAUGUGGGUUUGGGGAGGGUUGGAGAAAGGACAUUCUUAUUUUUGUAGACUUUGUGCACUGUGGAAAGACAGUGGAGUAUAUAAUGCUAAGAAGACUAACCGUGACUAAUUCCUCAGAUAAAACUUGUUCUGUGAUUUUUAGACUUGGAAAGGUUAUAAUAGUUUUAAUCUGUUGCAGUCAAAAAGACUUAUCAUCACUUUUCUCCCCAUGGUCUAUGGGUUCUAAUACAGUUACUUGAAGACUACAGAAUGAAGACAUAUUCAAGCAAUAUCAUAUGUGAAUAUACUGCAGUGUUUUUUGUUUUUAACGCCACAACUAAGAGUAAUGCCAUUUAUAGUAAAACCCUGAUUCAUAAAUUCUCUCCUAGCUUCUUGUCAGCACAAGCUAUUUCAGUCCAUGCGAAGCCUCCAUUUAAGAAGGAAGAAAGACUUGCAUUUCUGCAGUGAUUUUCAUCACCUCAGGACAUCCCAAAGUGCUUUACAGUCAAUGACGUGCUUUUGAAGUGUCGUCACUGUUGUAAUGCUGGAAUUUCGGCAACCAGUGCUUGCACAGCAAGCUCCCUCAGACAGCAGUGUGAUCAUGACCAGAUAAUCUGCUUUAGUGAUGUUGGUUGGGUAAUAAAAUUGGGUGAAGCCACUGGGGGAACUCCCCCCUGCUCUUCCUCGAAAUAGUGCCAUGGGAUCUUUUAUGUCCACUCGGGAGGGCAGACGGGGGCUCAGUUUAAAAUCUCCCUCAGUACUGCACUGGAGUGUCAGCUUAGAUCAUGCGGUAAGGUCUGUACUGUUUGUACCUGACAACAUUUUUAAUAAUGUGGCAUUGAGCCAUAAGACUUGGAAGCGCACACAUUUGAUUCUACAACUCUGUUAAUCUAAGCAAUAGGUUAUACUUGGAUAAUACUGGGCUAAGGAUGGGUGCUCUGCUGUGGUAUCCUUUGCUCUCAGGUAAUGCUCUCUUUUGGCUUUCUCAGUCAGAAUGGUUUCUUGGACUGAAUACAAUAAAGGACCAUACACCAACAAGAAUCAGUGCCUUCAGGGGACCAGAGGGGAAAUUUAACUUGCAAAACAAGAGUCAGUAUUUCUACCUUCUGAGAUGUUAAAACUUUAGCACGAUCCUCAGUGGCCUUAUUGAAAACCAGAAAAGACGUUUUCCUGACCAGACAGUAUUACGUAUUCCAAUCAGUGCUCUCAUAGUGAUUUUAAUUCCCAUUAAUCUGUUUUGAAAUGCUACAUGGCAGCUGAUGAAUUCUUAAAAUAAAAGGAGGUAAGGAAUAGUAAGAAUGAGGAAAAAGUCUUUGGGCCACCAGGUUCAUCUCUCUUGUUUUUCCCUGCAGUCUGGUAUCAGGCUGCAGCUUGUGUCUCCUUCAUGUCUUUGAGUUCACUCCCUACCUACCUGGUAGGUUGUUCCAAAGAUGAGAGCAGAUUCAAUCUUUUCAUCCAGGGUGGAGCUGAAUGAUUACUCUACCCAGUCUCGUAACAGGGAUUCUUCAGAAAUGUCCAGCCAUGUCCUGCCUCCUCUUUGCUAGACUUGCUGCUCCACCCUGCUCUGGGUCUCCAUUCUGGCUGUGGGCUGGUGCAAGAGUUGGUACUAUUCUCACUAUCGCUGGUGUCUGUAAAAGGAAGGUGAAUAAAUGUAGCUUGGAGGCAGCACUAGGAAGGAAGGAACUUGCAUUUGUAUCGUGAUCUUAGGAUGCUUCAAAAUGCUUUACAGACAGUGACAUACUUUGUGAAGUGUCAUCACUGUUGUCAUGUAGGAAAUGCAGUGGCAAAUUGGCACUCGGUAAAAUCCCAGAAAGAAGCAAUGUGGCAAUGACCAGAUUGUUUUUUGAGGGAUAAAUCUUGGCCAGGACACCAGGGAGAAUCCUCGACUCUUCAAAAUUGUGCAUGGGAUCUUUUAUAUCAACUUGAGAAAACAGAUGGGCGCUAAGUUUGACAACACCUCCAACAGUGUGUUAGAGAACUUCUCAAGUCUGGUUGUGAAGAAGACACUGAAACUAAGAUUCUUUUGGUAGAGACUGUUUAUUGCAGAGCUUAUUUCUCCACUCUUAACACCUUGACACCCAGUGCUGGCUGACUCUUCUUUAUAUACACAUCUGAGUAUAAUUAACUAAUCAAUGACCUUACUACCUUUAAACUACUGGAUAUGUAUCAUCCAUCAACAGAACCUAUUAGAUACAAACAAAGUGCAGCACUCCUUUAAUGCUGUAUUGGCCUAGGUUAUCAGGCUCAAGUGUCUGGAGUGAGACAGAAACCAACAACCUAUCUAAAUUCAGGUUCACUAUUCCCAGUUUACAGGGAGCACAUGUGAGAGGAUGCAGUUAAAGCAGGUACUUUCAUCAAACCUUGCAUCCCUGUAAUCUACCUUCUUUAACGGGGGAAGGCCCUGAAACCACUCUGCUCAAUGUGUUUGGACUGAGGAGUCGUGGACCUGGUAUUGCAUUGCUGCGUGCUGUAGCGUAUUGAUCCAUCACUCCGAAGAAACACACUGCUACUGUUUUGCAGUGAAAGGUCUGGCUGUGUUGUAGUAUGGUGGUUAUGGCACAGAGUGUGCAGCCAAGAGGUCACAUGUUUGCAUCGCACCAGGGCAAGUUGAGAAUUUGAAUUUGAUAAAUUUGGUGAUUCCAGCAAAAUGAAUCUUGGAAUCUGCCAGGUUAUCAUUGACUUGCUAAUGUUCUUCAGGGAGGGGUCCAUCUCCCCUUCCUGACUCUAUUCAUGUUUGAUUCUUAAUAUCUCCUGAAGUGGUUGCAGCACAUUUGAUCGAAGAAGAAGACCCAACAUUGCGUUGAGUUUGGGAUUAGAUGCAUCCUUUUGAGUAGUUGCCCACAUCUCGAACAAAGUUUAAAACAGAAUAGGACAGCAAGAUAGGAUUAGAAUUAGUUACACAGUUAGUUAGUUCAGUUGAAACAUUUGCUGUGCUGAAUUAUUUUGUCUUCUGAUUGCCAGUGAGCUUUUGACAGCUCUUUUUCUGACACCAUCCCCACCCCACCCAUUGUUGAAUGGUUCGAAAGAAAAGGAAACCCACCAAAAAUAAGGGCUCCAUUUCAAUUUGAGAGUUUGGUGUACUGCAUUCCAGAAAAGAAAUGACGUGAUUGAGAGGAAGGAGGAAAGGGCGAAUUCAUCUAUUCUGCAAUAACACGGGCCAGGGAUAGGGCUAGAACACUGCAGCGUUUAUCCGCUUGACUUGCGCUCCCAUAAAGUGAGGCUCUUCACUGGAGGAGUUCUGCACCCACCUAGUUGCCUUUUUUCUGUUUCCAGUCCAGAGGCUGACUUUCAAAUGUCCCUGUAUCCCUUGUUGAGCCCACCCAGCGAGUGGGAAUGGGAGGUAUUGUUUUAAGUUGUUGCAGACUUGGACCCUGGAGAGCAGGCACUUUAUGAUGAGUUAGCUUGGUCACUUGCUGCCUGGUUUGCUUUUCUGAAAGUAUGUGCCACCUUUUAGGUAUUUUAAUUCUGCAAGGUGCUGCCUAGUCAGAGCUAGUGUGUAAACUGCGAUGAGUCUUGCUGUUCGAAGCAGUGCCUCUCGAAUGCUGGCGAGGUCAGUGUGUCUUCAGUGAAGGGUUUCACUGCCUCGAUAAAGUUACCUCUAAAGCAACUGCCUUCCAGUAUUUCUAUUCCUUGAGCCUAUUUUCCUGCUGUUACUUGGCCACAUAAUGCUGUGCAAAUAUGACUUUAACAUAUAACCAGAGGUGAUCUAAAAUGACUGGGUUCGAGGUGAUUGUGUUUCAAUGUAUUGAGACUGCUCUUAAUCAUGGUGAUAUCCUUGCAGCCUUUUAUCAAGUUUUCCUGCAGGGUGCGGUAUAAGCAGUGUGAACUGAGAGCAUGGAUAGACUGCUCUCUCUGCCUUUUGUGGGUAUAUGUGCAACCAAGUGAGCUUCUGGCACACAGGCCAGGAAGUUGCAGGUUUCAUGCCCACUUUAUGCUGAUCUUGCUGGCCUCAGACUGGUGACUGGGGAGGCAUUGCUACAUUCAACCCCAAUUAUCCAGGAUAGGGAGUGAGAAAUUCACCCAGCGUUUCCAUCUCCUGACUGCUUUGCAGUGACUGCCACUGGAGUGUGUCGAUGGGAUCUGCCUUUGCAGUGAUGCCCCCAUGGUCAAACGGCCUUACUGAAGGAUGACCACCUGGAUGAGGUGCAAGAAGCUGAUCCCAGCAAUAGUCAAGAGAGAUGGAAAUCAAUUGGACAGAAAAGACGAAAAUGUAGAUGACAACUGACACCAGACUAUGACUGUAAAGGCUUAAAGCAGAGUCAGAAUGUGAUGAGGCACCUCCAGUCAGCUUUCUUUUCUCCCUCUCCUCUUGAUUUGUUUUUCUUUCUCACUUGUAAUGUGUCUCUUUUCUCUUCCUCUGUGAGGAUUUUGUUGCUUGCAUUAAGCACACUGUCCAACAUGAUGUACUAAAAGCCCAUCAGAAGUAAUUUAGAAAAUUCUGUAGUUUUACCAAAGAGUUUUGGGAACAAUGUAAGUGCCAAUAAUUCAGCCAAAAUGACAUUUUGUGUUUAUUUUAAACUCUUGGUUGUGUUUUCAGUUUCUCUAGGAGCUCCUGAAUUGGGAAGCAAUCACCAGGUUUCAGAUGAAUGAUUUAGAGGGUUACUUUGUGCACUUGUGUUUUAUAUACAAACAAAUGUAUUAAAAUUGUGUAAACUCUGGUACAUAUUUUUAAUCACAUUCCAGGUAAAUAUUUUUUAAUCAUUGCAAUUAAAAGGUACCUGUCAUUUGUAUGUACAUUUAUAUUGUAAUAUUGCAGAUAUAUAUUUAAGAGAAAAUGGAUCUGUAUUGUGUUGUACUGUACUGAUAAGCUGUUGCAUUAGAUUGCAGGUCAGUUUAAUAAAUCAAAGAAAAACA